CGUUGACCGUGAUCAUGCAGAUGUGCUGGGGCUAGUGCGAAGCCCAGCUUGGUGAAUUGAACGGCGGAUGUCUCUUAAGAGAAGCUCAGAGAGAAGUGAGGACUCUCAGGCCAAGAAGCUCAGAAUGCAGGAUGGUAGCGCAGCGAACGGUGUCAGCAAGGCUGGUGAUGGCCUCGUCAUUGAUGAAGAUUUGCACAGUAGACAGCUCGCUGUAUACGGCCGGGAGUCCAUGCGGCGUAUGGCCGCUUCCAAUGUCCUGAUCGUCGGUGCUCUGGGACUUGGAGUGGAAGUAGCCAAGAACGUGAUUCUUGCUGGGGUGAAGAGCGUCACCAUUCACGACGCAGCAGACACUGGGAUCCAGGAUCUUUCAGCGCAGUUCUAUUUGAGCAAGGCUGAUGUUGGCAAGAACAGGGCGGAGGCGUGCAGGGACAAGCUGCAGGAACUGAACACAGCAGUGGCUGUCAGUGCCUCAUCAACAGAGCUCAAGGAGGACUUCCUCUCUCAGUUCCAGGUUGUGGUGGCGACAGGCAUGCCUCUGAAAGAGGCCCAGGCACUCAAUGACUUCUGCCACAGGAAUAACAUUGCCUUCAUCCGGGCAGACAUCAGAGGGGUGUUUGCCAGCGUCUUCACAGACUUUGGACCUGCCUUCAAAGUGGUGGAUGUGGAUGGUGAGGACCCAGCAUCCGGCAUCAUUGCUGGCAUCACAACCAAUCCUGGCGGCUCAACGCUGGUCACAUGUGUGGAGGAUGAGCGGUUGGAGUUCCAGGAUGGCAUGCAAGUGACAUUCUCGGAGGUCAUUGGCAUGGAGGAUCUGAACGAUGGCAAGCCUCGCAAGGUUAAGAACUGCAAGGCCCAUUCAUUUGAGCUGGAGGAGGACACGAGCACCUACGCCCCCUACGUCCGUGGAGGCAUUGUGACGCAGCACAAGGCCACAAAGACGCUGUCCUUCAAGAGUCUGCAGGAGGCUCUGGCCACGCCCGGCGAGUUCCUGUUCUCAGAUUUUUCCAAGCUGGAGCGCCCGGCCCUGCUUCACCUGGGCUUCCAGGCCCUUGAUGCCUUCCAGGCUGAGACUGGAAGGUUGCCGGCCCCACACAGCGAGGAGGACGCCAUUCGGUUCGUCUCCAUUGCACAGAAGGUCAACGAGACUGCUGCAGACAAGGCCGAGAUUGAUGAGGCCGUCCUCAAGGCAAUCUCCUACACAGCGUCGGGCGAGCUGUCCCCCAUGGCUGCAUUCUUUGGCGGCGUGGUUGGCCAGGAGGUGAUGAAGGCGGUGUCUGGCAAGUUCCACCCCAUCUUCCAGUGGUUCUACUUUGACAGCAUGGAGUCGCUGCCAGAGAACCUGCCACUCAGCGCUGAUGAGGUCGACCUGCAGGGGAGCCGAUACGAUGGGCAGAUUGCGGUGUUUGGCAGGACGGUGCAGCAGAAGCUGGAGCAGCUGCGCACCUUCCUGGUGGGCGCCGGCGCUCUCGGCUGCGAAUUCAUCAAGAACUUUGCCAUGAUGGGCGUCGCCACUGACAACGCCGGCCUCAUCACGCUGACCGAUGAUGACACCAUUGAGAAGAGCAACCUCAGCCGCCAAUUUCUCUUCCGCGACUGGAACAUCGGCAGCGCCAAGUCCACAGUGGCGUCGGCGGCGGCGCAGGACAUCAAUCCUGCGCUGAAGGUGCGCGCGCUGCAGAACCGGGUCUCCCCCGACUCCGAGAACGUCUUUGACGACACCUUCUGGGCCAAUCUGGACGUGGUGGUCAACGCUCUGGACAAUGUGAACGCGCGCCUGUAUGUGGACUCGCGCUGCGUGUACUUCUGCAAGCCCCUGCUGGAGAGCGGCACGCUUGGGCCCAAGUGCAACACCCAGAUGGUCAUCCCGCGCAUGACCGAAAACUACGGUGCAUCAAGGGAUCCACCAGAGAAGCAGGCGCCCAUGUGUACGCUGCACUCCUUCCCUCACAACAUUGACCACUGCCUCACCUACGCGCGCUCCGAGUUUGAGGGCAUGCUGGAGAAGAACCCCACAGAAGCCAACGCCUUCCUCAGCGACCCCGCCAAAUACCUCUCUGCUGUACGACAGGCAAGUGACUCAGCGGCGAGGGAGCAGCUAGAGAAGGUGGUGGAGGUGCUGGAGACUGAGCGAUGUGUCACCUUUGACGACUGCAUUGCCUGGGCCCGACACAACUUCCAGCGCCAAUUCCACGACCGCAUCGCGCAGCUGGUGUACACCUUCCCGGACGACGCAGUCACCUCCACCGGUACCCUCUUCUGGAGCGCCCCCAAGCGCUUCCCCUGCGUCGUCGACUUUGAUGCGGCCGACCCGGCACAUGCGUCCUAUGCGCAGGCCGCCGCCAUUCUGCGGGCCGAGGUCUACGGCAUCGCGCUGCCGCCCUGGGCCCACAGCGCCGAGAAGGUGGCGCAGGCAGCGGCAAAUGUGCACGAGCCGGAGUUUGUGCCGAAGCAGGGCGUGCAGAUCGAGACCGACCCCAAGGCCAGCUCUGUCAGCAAGGCCACCUCCAUGGGCGACGACGAGGGCGCCAUCAAUGCUCUCAUUGAGAAACUGGAGGAAGCUGCAAAGAAGCUGCCGUCCGGCUACCGGCUGAACCCGGUCACCUUUGAGAAGGAUGAUGACACCAACUACCACAUGGACCUGAUCGCCAGCCUGGCAAACAUGCGCGCGCGAAACUACUCCAUCCCUGAGGUGGACAAGCUCAGGGCCAAGCUGAUCGCCGGCAAGAUCAUCCCUGCCAUCGCCACCGCUACCGCGCUCGCAACAGGCCUGGUGUGCUUGGAGCUGUACAAGGUGGUGCAGGACGCGCCGCUGGAGAAGUACCGCAACACCUUUGCCAACCUCGCGCUGCCCCUGUUCGCCAUGUCAGAGCCCGUCGCCUCCAAGACGGUGAAGUUCCAGGAGAUGGAGUGGAGCCUGUGGGACCGGUGGGUGCUGGAGGGAGACCUCACCGUGCAGCAAGUGAUCGACUGGUUCAAGAAGCGUGGUCUGGAGGCGUACAGCAUCUCUUGCGGCCAGAGCCUGCUGUACAACAACAUCUUCCCUAAGCACAAGGAGCGCCUAGGCAAGCCUAUGAGCGAGCUUGUGCGCACCGUCGCCAAGAUGGAAGUCCCCGCCAAGCGCAACCAUUUCGAUGUGGUCGUUGCCUGUGAAGACGACGAGGGAGAGGACUUGGAUGUCCCCUUGGUGUCCAUCAAGUUCCGGUGAGGAGCUCGGCGUGUGUUUCCUCCCUGGGUAGCAGCAGCGCGCAUGUUAUCUCCCUGGGAAUCGGCAGGACGCAGGGUCUGGGGGUUUUUCAUACCAUUGGAAGCAGCAAUGCAGAGGGCCUGGCGUGAGCUCUCCCUUGGAAGCAGAAGCGUGGAGGCCUGCUCAGGAGAUGAAUUAUGCAUGGGCUGCUCUGGUGUUGUGUCCACAGGCAGCAGUUUCAGAGUCCAAGAGCAGUCAAGCGCAUAUUUGUUGCCGGCAGUGCGUUGCGUGGAGAGUCUGCAGAGCUUGGCAAAGAGCUGCAGGCAGUCAAUGCGCAAAGGGAGAGGUCAUCUGCUGGCCCUGAAGAAGUGGAAUGAGAUGCCCGCAUGCCAUGUAUUCGUUCCUGCCGUGCAUGUGCAUGGUGUUCAGAAUGCGCUGUGGCAGUUGUUCUCGUGACUUGAUUCUCUGGAUGCAGGGGAGUGUGCAAGUGAAUUGUUCCAGUAUCAGGGACUCUCAUGCUAUCAAGCUCUAUGUGCGACACGGAUUGCACAAGUGUUUCUUUUUCGCUUGCAAUUGCACUCUCACUUUAUUAUUUUUUUGGUGUGCAUAUGCACUAGCCUCUCUAGUAGUCCGGUGCAUGUGUGGCGUCCAUAUGCAUAGAUUCAGCUGGAUCUGCUUGCAUGGCAUAGAGCUCUUGGCAUGCAUGCGCUACAUAUCGCUGCAAUAACUUGUCUGAAAAUUUUAAAGCUCAGCGGUGUAAUUAUUCGCACUC